GAAUUUGCAUACAUACAGGUGCACACAUUUCGGAUCGUCAAAUUAAUUCAUAGAAAUCCAGUAUUAAAGUAAUACCAAGCGGUAUUGAUACAUAGAUCUGUGUCAUCAUUUUACCAGAUAUGUAACAGUGUUAUCGUCAAAAUGAAACUUUUUACUACACUUGCGAUUCUUUUUCAGUGGGGGAUGAAAGAACUCUGUCUAGUUGAAGCGAUCGUAGAAAUUUGGCUCUUAGUCGUGGAGACGAUGGCCCUCGUGGCAAUCGCGUUCCAGCCCAAAGUUCUGCGAAAUGAUUAUGCCGACGCCAUGUGGAGAUACUACGCUCGACUCUUGAGUUGGACUUUUUCCUACUUUUACUCCACUUUCUGUAUUGUUAGUUCCUUGAAGCUUUAUUCGUAUGCGAAUCAGAAAAAUUUCCGCGCUUAUCGUCACCUGCUCACGAUUUCCUAUAUAUUUUAUGCCAUCUGCUGCCUUGAUUUAGUGCUGUACACGAUAUUCUUGGGGUGGAUCAAUCCCGCCACGAGCAUAGCAUUUUUCGGAUUUCUCUUUUACAAGGUUUACUUCUUUUGGUUGGCGGAACGUUUUUUGAAGAAGUUUAAGAAAAAGGGAGGAGACUACCACCACGAUCAAGGGACCAUCAUUACCAAACUUGACACCAUUUCGGACCGGUCGCUUCAUAUUCCGAGGGAAAGCUUGACACCGGAUUAUUCCACCCUGCUCGGUGAAGGAGUGUUCGGACAAGUUUACAAAGCUUUUCUCCAUGACGGAAACAGGUCGGAAUUUGUCGCACUGAAAAUUCCGCGGCAUUCAACCGACUUUCUGCCAGAACUAAAAAUCCUGGCACGCCUUCGUCGACAUGAGAAUAUCGUACAUUUUAUUGGAUCUUACACGCAUUCCGACGAAUUGUCUCUAAUAUUUGAAUUAUGCGAGGAAGGAAAUUUGCAAAAUUUCUUGAGAAAGCAUAGAAAUGCUUUGUUAUCUUACUUGGAGGUUCAAGCUUUUAACAAAACCCUGGGCGUUGACGCCGGAGGAUACAUCUGCAACAAGGGCGUCGUGCUACGGUACCGUUUGCCGGAGUUGGUACGAUGGUCGGCCGAAACGGCGAGUGGAAUGGAAUUUAUUUCAAGGAGAAAGAUCGUUCAUCGCGACUUGUCCGCAAAGAAUGUAUUGCUGGACAAAAAUUUAGUCGCAAAAAUAUCUGACUUUGGUCUUUCCAGGAAUUUGUGGGAUGAGAAAAACUACAUAACAAGGACAAUGGGACCGCUCCCGUGGCGUUGGAUGCCACCGGAGGCUUUAAUCCGUAUGGAAUUUUCUACUCUGUCGGACAUUUGGGCGUAUGGUGUACUUCUCUGGGAAAUAUUUUCCUUAGGACGCACCCCAUAUGGAGAUCGAAUAUGUAAUGACAAGUUCCUUUCUGGACUUCAAACAGGACGUGUGAGGCUGGAGAAACCACACUUGGCGUCGGACAGCAUAUACGAAUUAAUGCUGGCGUGUUGGAAUAUCGACCAGAAUAAGCGACCAAGUUUUGCAGAUGUUGUGAAAAUUGUGGGACAUUAAUUAGCUAAAUAGACUUCGAAAGUAAGGGACAAAAGCAAAAGCCGAAGCAUUUUGCUUGUAAAUAUCUAGCAAAUCGUUUAAUGAAUGAUUUGAGUGAUGAAGAAUUGCAUGGAAAUGGGAUAUCGAGUUUUAUGGGGUGGUUGAAAAUGAUAUGGUUUAUUUUAAUGCGCGAACUUUUACGAGUUAAUUAAUGUGCACACAGUUUGAUUUGUGAUGGAAAUUUGUGCAGAAUAAGUAAAAUUCGGAAAGACAUAAACUCAUA